AUGGCUGACCAUGCAGAUGACGACGGAUAUCUUGGGCCGAGCACCAGCCAAGACUCGCAGGGCAGCUGCCUUCAUUUCGACUCUCAGGAUUCUGUCCUGGAGGACAAGAUUGGGAGGAACAGCCUUCAACGGCAGAUGGAUGUGCUCGUAGGCCUCUGCACAGCGCUUUCGACGGAUCAGGCAGCCUUAAGUCGCACGUUGCAGAACAUAGACGAGAAACUGAGCCGGUUAACGGAGCAGAAAGCGCAUGCGCCCCGCAAUAAGGCUGUGUCGAUGAUUGCCAACGCCGUGUCCAGAGUUUCGUUGCCCCUUUCGCUUCCUUCGCCGGUGCAGAGUCGUGGGCUUUCCGCUUUUAAAGAUUUUAAGGACGUAGAUCAACUCUUGGAUGCCCAUUCGAUGAAGGCCCCGAGGCUGUCGCCCUCAAACAGCCGCUUCGGCCGUCAGAACAGUCGGAGGAGCUGCGGAGAGAGUGUCUCAAGGACACCCUCGAAGGAGAAGCCGCGGCCACCGCCCCUUGCUAUUUCCAAGCCAUCUAAGGUGCAGCCAGACCCGCCCUCGGCGAGUCCUCCUUCUCCAGUACCGGAAGAGGAGGGCUUGUCGCCCAAGGAACCGGCGUCGACAUCUAAAAGCUCGAAGAGCCGUGGCUUUAACAAUGAGUCCAAGCCUUCGAAGACGUCCAAGAACUCGGGAGACCGUGAUCGCCCACUUGACAUGAAUGUUUCAACUGGCAUGACCAACAGCGACAUCUCUUUGAGCAACCUCUUUCGCCAUCGCGAGGCACAGCUCAUUCCAACUACGCCUCCUGCUGGCCCCUCUCCAAAUCCACUGGGCUCCGCCAAGCAAAGCGAGGAAGACGAGGAGUGCAUCGAGUUGCCCGAAUCACCGAAGGAAGAGCUGAUGUCAGCCGAGCAGCCCAUCCUUUUGAUUCGAGCCUGGCUCGGUUUCAUUCACAUCCUUUGCCGCCUUACUGGGCUCAUCCCAGUGGCGCAGGGCAAGUCUCCCGUGGAGGUGCGGAGCAACACGGUCUCCCGUUGGAAGCUGUCGCCCAAAGCAUUUGCACUGUCGAAGAUCUACCACUGCUGCGUUUUGUUUCUGGCCAUUGGGUGCCUGGUUGCCAGCAGUGCAGAGCAGGUGGUGUGCAGAGGGGCAGAAGCACAUUUCUUCUGCGCUUCUGCUCUGGCUACAGAUUGCAUGAUUUGUCUGGGUGCCUUGGUGGCCCUCUGGUCCUGCGGCGGAAUUCUGAGCUACCGGAAGACCGCGGAAGCACAGAUGCAGAUCUCCGAACAUCUCGUGGAAUACAUCGAGGGUGCCGGCCUUUCCGUUUAUUGGGCCAAACAGAAGUCAGUGGACGGAGCCCUCAUGGCCGUGGUGUGGCUGUUGGUCGUAGGUAUUCGGACUUGGUCCGUUCUGGUCCAGCCGGCCGUGGAUGCAGUGGGUGCUCUUCAGGUGGCCAGCUAUGCGUUUACCACAGCAAGCCUACUCUGUGCCUGUUACCUCCAGAACUCGAAAUGGCGCGGGAUCUCAUUGGCUAUUGCUGUCUUUGCACGCUCAGUGCUCGAAGGUGAGAUCUCGUGUCUGACGGCACGGAUGCGAUGGAGGGAGCUCAUAGGUGCCAUGCGACAGACGUCACGCAUGCACCAACUCACGGCCGCUUCGAUAGCGGCAACGACUGUUCUGGUGGCUUUUGCGAUGCUCUAUGACAUCUCUCAGGGCCACGGCGCAGAUGCUGUGCCCAACUUGAUCCUGGCAUUGAUCAUGCCUUUCUCCUUGUAUGUGGCUGCCUGUGCGACAGCAGAUUGCACUCGGUUGCCGUCCCUGCUCUGCAUGCUGGACGCAGAGGAGGAGGAGGAAGAGGGAGCAUACAUGGACCUCGCAUUGUUCCUCACGCUCAGCGAGUCUGGUUUCUUCAUGUGGGACACGCGCGUCACGCUGGGGGUUCUGCAAAAGUUCGUGUACUUCACUUCAGCUGUGGUCGGCACUAUCGGCUUUCAGUUGAAGCUGGUCGACCUAUGA